GUCACGUGACGUCUGAUGACCAAUCAGCGAUCAAUAUUCAGUCUCCGCAGUAAAUCCACGUGUUUAUUCGGGAGGUAAUCUGUGUACGAAGUUCAAGUCAAACAUUAACAAACACGAAGUUCAUCGCUUGCCUGCUGAAAGCUUUGCUAGUAACGGAAACGAUGGACAUUCUCCCCGUACUUGAACACGAAGACAGACCACAAGAAGGACUGUGGUAUUCUCUAAUACCAAGGGGCGGCGGCCCUGGUGUCUCUGUGGGGCACACCUGCAUAUUCAUCCCGUCAGAAGGUGAAGGGAAAGGGUCCGUACUUAUCGUGGGAGGAGCCAAUCCAAAUGGCAGUUUUUCUGAAUCUCACGUCCUAAAUCUAGACAGUUUUGAGUGGCGUCUCCAAGACUGGAAAGGGUUGUCAGCGCGGUACGAACAUUGCAGCUUCGUAACUGAUAGCUGUCCACAAAGCCUGUGGGUGUUUGCCGGUGCAGAGCAGAACGGCAACCGCAACUGCAUCCAGAACCUUCAACUCCGCGACGGAGCGGCGGUGUGGAAGUGUGUGGAGGCAAAAGGUUUAUCCCCUUCUCCUAGGACGUACCACACUACCACAGCCUGCAUAGGGGACAGAUUGUAUGUUUUCUCCGGCGGGGAGACGGGAGCUACACCGGUAUCAGAUGCCAAGCUUCACGUUUUCGACACCGUGUCCUCAACCUGGUCUCAGCCCGACACGCAAGGCAGCUGUCCUUCCCCCAGACAUGGACAUGUGGUGGUAGCUGUGGGUUCCAAACUGUACGUCCACGGAGGUAUGGCAGGAGAGAAGUUAUACAGUGACAUGUAUUCACUGGACACCGUUAGCAUGACGUGGGAAAAGAUCCUGGCGAAGGGAGACCCGCCUCCAGGCCUGGCUGCCCACUCCGCUGUAACCUUGCAGAGAAGCAUCUAUGUUUUCGGAGGAAUGACCUCAGAGGGGGCAAGUAAUGCCAUGCACCGGUUUGACUGCGAGCCGGGCCAGUGGAUCCUCAUGAGAUUCGAGAGCGACCUUCCCCCCAGCAGGCUGGAUCAUUCCAUGUGUGUGGUACCCUGGAGGGUGAAGGCUGAAGGAAGCGAACAUGCUGGCCAGGCUCAGGGUGAACCGGACACCGUCCAGCUGGCCUUUGUGUUCGCUGGGAUGGACACCCAGGGGGUCAUACACCGUGACUGUGUUGGAACACUGCUCAGCUGAGCACGACAGCUUUACAAAUUGUAUGAUUUGCCUAAAUAUUGAAAAGUUCUACCCCCAAAAAUAAUAAACCUUUUUACAGAAAAGAGACAUGUUUUUGGCAAUCCAUUUUAGUUGGUUAAACACAAUCCGCU